GGAGUCCAGAGCGGAUUCCGUAACCACCUCGCCCCGCCCCCCUCUGAACGAGUUUGAACGAUAAAAAGCGAGCCGUCAUGUGUCGCUCCCUCCCUCGCGCUCUCUGCCUCUCAUCGUCGGCUCGGCCUUCCGCUCCAAACCUGCCCCAGAAACAAAAACAACCAGAAAACAACAACAACAACAAUGUCUGAGAAACUCGCCUACAAAGUUGCUGACAUCAGCCUGGCCGAAUGGGGGCGCAAGGCCGUCGACAUCGCGGAGAACGAGAUGCCCGGUCUGAUGAAGAUGAGGGAGAUGUACGGUAAGACCAAGCCGCUGAAGGGCGCCCGCAUCGCCGGCUGCCUCCACAUGACCCUGCAGACCGCCGUGCUCAUCGAGACCCUCACCGCCCUCGGAGCAGAGGUUCAGUGGUCGAGCUGCAACAUCUUCUCCACUCAGGAUCACGCUGCGGCCGCCAUCGCCAAGACCGGCGUUCCAGUGUUUGCGUGGAAAGGCGAGACCGAUGAGGAGUACGUGUGGUGCAUCGAGCAGACGCUGUACUUCAAGGACGGCCAGCCCCUCAACAUGAUCCUGGACGACGGAGGAGACCUCACCAACAUGGUCCACCAGAAGUACCCCAAGCUGCUGGCAGGUAUCCGUGGCGUGUCGGAGGAGACGACCACAGGCGUCCACAACCUGUACAAGAUGAUGAAAAAGGGCGAGCUGAAGAUGCCCGCCAUCAACGUCAACGACUCCGUCACGAAGAGUAAGUUCGACAACCUGUACGGCUGCAGGGAGAGCCUGAUCGACGGCAUCAAGAGGGCCACGGACGUGAUGAUCGCCGGCAAGGUCGCCGUGGUGGCGGGAUACGGCGACGUGGGCAAAGGCUGCGUCCAGGCGCUGCGCGGCUUCGGCGCUCGCGUCAUCGUCACCGAGAUCGACCCCAUCAACGCCCUGCAGGCGGCCAUGGAGGGCUACGAGGUCACCACCAUGGACGAGGCGUCGAAGGAAGGAAACAUCUUCGUCACCACCACCGGCUGCGAGGACAUCAUCCAGGGACAUCACUUUGAGAACAUGAAGGACGACGCCAUCGUCUGUAACAUCGGUCACUUUGACUGCGAGAUCGACAUCAGCUGGCUCAACAAGAACGCUGCUCUGAAGAUCAACAUCAAACCUCAGGUGGGAGACUUGAAACCGGACUGGACCGACACCCGAGCUGCCGGGGGGGGGGGCGCUAAUCUUCUUCUUCUUCUUCCUCCUCUUCUUCCUCCUCCUCUUCCUCAGGUCGAUCGCUACCGUAUGAAGAGCGGCCGUCACAUCAUCCUCCUGGCCGAGGGCAGACUGGUGAACCUGGGCUGUGCCAUGGGACACCCGUCCUUCGUCAUGAGCAACUCCUUCACCAACCAGGUUCUCGCUCAGAUCGAGUUGUGGGAGAACACGGACAAAUACCCCAUCGGCGUCUACUUCUUGCCCAAGCAGUUGGACGAGCAGGUGGCGGCCGCCCACCUCGACAAGCUGGGGGUGAAGCUGACCAAGCUGACGGACAAGCAGGCCAAGUACCUGGGUCUGCCCGCCGAGGGGCCCUUCAAACCGGACCACUACCGCUACUGAGAGCCACGUCGGAGGGUGGGGCUGGUUUUGGGUGUUUGGAGCACAUGGCCAAGUUACGCUUUUGGGUUUUGGACUCUUAAAUGUCAACGUUUCAGUAAAACCUGGGGGACGCUUCUCCUGAGUGUGUCCCCCUCCCCCUCUUUUAAAAUGGCCGCUUCAUCUCGGUGUGAAACCAAAAACCGCCUUCAGUUCGUCUCCUCUUUCUUUCUCCUCGUCUCCUCUUUCUUUCUCCUCGUCUCCUCUUUCCUCGUCUCCUCUUUCCUUUCUCCUCGUCUCCUCUUUCCUUUCUGAAACAUUGAGUGCUGCUGUGGCCGCUUAAAGAGAAUUCCCCUCGUUUGUCAUUCCCUCUCAAUAAUGGACUAUAAAUGAACCCCGAUAUUUUUAUUUUCUUUCAUGUUUUAUUUUAUUUUUUGUAUUUUUUUUUUAAAUUUUUUGGAUGAAUCAAGGUUCUGUGUCCAGCGGCCAUGUUCUAGAAGGUUCUCCUCAACGCUGCCCUGUGUUAGCACUUAAAGAAAGCUGGACCCGGACUGAGGAGGCGCUCUUAUUCAUUCUUUUUUUAAAAUUUUUUUUAUUGUGAUUUUUAUUUUUUAAUUUAAUUUGACUUAAAGGGCCAGACGCCUCCCCGGUUCUCCUGUUCUCACUGUAGCCAAUCAGGCUGGCGUUGACGCGGUGGUCACGGUGCUCAGCGGUUAGCGUCCUGCUGCUCGGCGACGGAUUCAAACUGUCGAAUAAAAGAAACUAGACUCGUGA